AUGAGCUGGGAUACUGGUGCAACUGCAGGCGGCAGCUCCUCAUGGGAUCCGGCUCCUGCUGGCGACAGCUGGAACGGCGAUGAUGCCGGUGCUGGUGCAGGUGCUGACGCUGGCGGAGGCGGAGGCGAUGCUAACGACGACGGUUGUCGCAUCUGCAAGCAGACUGGUCACUUCGCCCGCGACUGCCCUGAUAAGCCCGAGGGCGGUGGCGGUCUUACUGGCGAGUGCUUCAACUGCGGUCAAGUCGGUCACAAUAAGGCAGAUUGUACCAACGAGAGGGUAGAGCGUGCUUUCGAUGGUACCUGCAAACUCUGCGAUCAGCAAGGCCAUCGCGCUGUCGACUGCAAGUCUCGCCGCAUUGUCGACUGGUCCGGUGUGCCUGAGAUGGAUGCCUCGGCCGCCUGGAUUGCUCUGAUCGAUGCUGCCAAAGAGAAGGACCUCGACGCCUUCCGCAUCUGCUUGAGGGCUUACGCUCGCGCUACCAUGGAUGAGUUCAAUCUUGCCGCCGUCGAGCAGGCUCUCCGCGAGGAUGACCUCGCAAUCUUUCUUAUCGCCAAGCAGCAGGAGAUCGCCCCUAACAUGACUAUCGUCGACCUUAUCGGCAACCCAGACUGCAAGUUUGUUUUGUCUGUCCAGCUCUCUGCGAAGCCUCGUCGCGCCAAGAUGGCUCAAGGCUGGCCUGAGAGUCCUACCGAGAAUCUGGAGCGCCUCACCUCCUGCGGCUACGUUCAGGAUUGCGGUGUCCCGCUAUGCGGUAACUGCGGUGAGCUUGGUCACGUUCGCAAGUACUGCAAGCAAGAGCAGGCUGAGCGCGAGAACACCGUGCCCGAGGCUCAGUGCGUCUACUGCCAGGAAGUUGGCCACCGUGCUCGUGACUGCCCCAAGGAGCGUGUCAACCCUUACGCCUGCAAGAACUGUAAGCAGGAGGGUCAUAACUCCAAAGAGUGUCCUGAGCCUCGCUCUGCUGAGGGCGUCGAAUGCCGCAAGUGCAACGAGACUGGUCACUUUUCCAAGGAUUGUCCCAACGUUGCCGCUCGUGCUUGCCGCAACUGCGAUUCCACUGAACACAUGGCCAAGGACUGCGACCAGCCUAGGAACCCGGAAAAGACUCUUUGCCGCAACUGCGAAAAGACGGGUCACUUCUCCCGCGACUGUCCUGAACCCAAGGACUGGUCUAAGGUCAAGUGUAAUAACUGUAACGAGAUGGGCCACACCAUUAAGCGCUGCAAGCAGCCUAUUGCUGAGGAUGGAGGUGAUGCAGGUGGGGGCUGGGGUGCGGGUGCGGGUACGGGUGAUGGCGAUGCCGCCGCUGCCGCUGCCGCUGGAGGUGAGGCUUCAUGGGGAGGUGACACUGGCGGAGGUGGCUGGUAG